CUGCUGUAUAUAAGGCUCAUGUCUACUGAUUCUAACAUCAUCUGGACUCAGUCUGCUGUGGCUCAUCAUGGAGCAGAUCUAUGUCAGGCAUGUGGAGCUGCUGGGCUACGAGAAACGCAGCUUCCCAAGUCAGCACUAUGUUUACAGGCUGCUGGUGAAAUGGAGCGACCUCGCAGAGAAGCUGAUCUACAGGACGUAUCCUGAGAUCCACACCUUCCAUAAAUCACUGAAGGAAAUGUUUCCCAUUGAGGCUGGACAAAUAGAAAAGAGGGACAGAAUCAUUCCUUCACUACCAGCACCUCGUUGGAUCACCAGCACAAAGUCAGUGGAAAACAGUAAGAUCACCUUGUCUGAGUACAGCCACUCGCUUGUCAACCUGCCGCCUCACAUCUCGCGCUGCAAACUCCUCACGGACUUCUUCAGGGUUCGGCCCGAGGAUGAAAACCCGACUGCAGCAAACACACUGAAGAAGAAUGAGGCGUCUGUAGCGUCCAGUGAAUCGAGCAAAGGCAACGCAUCAGAGAUUUCCGGACCCAUCAUUUUGGACACCUACAGAGUGAUCGCCGACUUCGUCAAGACAUCGAAAAAUGAAAUCAAUCUGCGCGACGGUGACCUGGUGGAAAUAGUGGAGAAGAAUCAGAAUGGUUGGUGGUUCUGCCAGUGCGAGUCCAAAAACGGCUGGGUUCCGGCAUCCUACCUGGAGCCUCUGGACGGACCAGACGAGGCAGAGGACGCUGAGCCGGACUAUGAAGGAGAAAUGUACAUUACCAUCAGUGCCUACAAGGCAGAGCAGGGGGACGAGAUCACUCUGGACAUAGAUGAAACCACUGAGGUCAUCCACAAGCUGCUGGACGGGUGGUGGGUCGUCAGGUCUGCACAAAAGCCAUUUGAUGUCCUCCACUCUGAGAAUUUAUUCUUGGCUUAUAAUUGGUGUUUGUACAGAAAAGGAGAAGAAGUCGGCUACUUCCCCUCCAUGUUCCUGCAGAAAGGCGGAAAGAAAGACAGAUAUGAGGCAGAGAUCGCCAAAAUACGAGGACAGAAGCCACCACCUCGCAGAUCCACCAUCAGAAAUGCCAAGAGCAUCCACAAUAAGUCCCGGCAGCGGCUCACCCAGGACGCCUACCGCAGGAACAGCCGUCGGUACCUGCAGCAGAAGGGCGGCCGCCUCGAGCCGAGCAGGAACUCCAGAAACGCUGGAAAGCCUCCUCUGAGGGAGCGGAAGAACGAAGAUAACAUCCCCGAGGUGUCUGACUCCAGCUCAGAGAGCGAGCUCAAGAAGGAGGCUCCAGUGGUCCCUCCACGUCCGAGUCCAGAGCUCAUCAUGGAGCGCUGCACGGACAACACCUGCAAGAGAGUCAGCAUCCACGGGUCCCCCACCAGCUCCAGCAGCUAGUCGGCCCAUUCAUGGCCCCUUUUCCCACUGCACAAAGUCCAAACAAAUGCAGACGGACAGAGGAAGCCGGUGCACAUCUGUGCAAAAGUCAGAUUUCUGAAUAUCAUUAGCAUCUUUAAUAUUCCCCCUGACCCUUUUAAUAUGUAAUGCGAUGCUAAAAAUAGUGCUCAGGUCAUUCUGUGUUUUUCCUUUCUGUCAUUAUAUUCCAUUGAAAAACAAAACAAUGUGUUCCCCAGGCUCAUAUAAUGACAUCAAGACUUCUCUACAAAUGUGUGCUAUUUGGGUUUUAAUAACAUACAGAACAGCUCUUUAAAGUGUUUGCUUGUCAUGUUUGUUGCCAGAUACUCUCUAUUCCAGCUAAGUGAUAUCACAGCCGUGCUUGCAAUAUUCAUUUUAUUAUAUAACCUGAUUAAAAUUUUAAAAAUGGUUUGAUGCUUGUCUUCAUCGUCAUGGCAGUUUACAUAAGUUUGUUUUCUAAUUGCAUUCCUUUUUUAUUUAUUUGCUCAGUACAUUUUAACAACAAUAAAAAUAGAAUGUGAUGUG